AUGUUGGAUUCGCUCUUGGCUCUUGGGGGCCUGGUACUGCUUCGAGACACUGUGGAAUGGGAGGGGCGCAGUCUCUUGAAGGCACUUAUCAAGAAAUCUGCACUCUGUGGGAAACAAGUCCACAUCCUGGGCUGUGAAGUGAGCGAGGAGGAGUUUCGUGAAGGUUUUGACUCCGAUAUUAACUGUCGACUGAUUUACCAUGACUUUUUCAGAGACCCUCUCAACUGGUCCAAGAAUGUAAAGGCCUUUCCUGGGGGGCCCUUGGAAGUCUUGAGAGCCCUGUCCAAAAGGACACCUCCUAGUUCUGUCACCAUUGUGCUUGAUUCGCUAAGCUGGCUGCUGCUUCACCUCCCUUGCACCACACUGUGCCAGACCCUGCAUGCUCUGAGCCAGCAGGACUCCCACUCAGAUGACAACUCCCCAGUGAAGAAGGUGCAUGUGCUGGGCCUGCUACAUGAAGAGCUUCAUGGCCCAGGGCCUGUGGGUGCACUAUGCAGCCUUGCUCAGACUGAGGUGACCUUGAGUGGUAUGUUGGGCCAGAUGUCAGCCCACAUCCUCCUUCGGAAGCCCCAACAGCGCCCAACCCAUCAGACUCGGUGGUUCUCCAUCCUGCCUGACUUCAGCUUGAAUCUCCAACAGGUGCCUGCCCAAGAGUCACACCCAGACCCUCCCAUCACCCAGGUGGAUCCUACAACUCAUUUAACCUUUAAUCUUCGGCUGUCCAAGAAAGAAAGAGAAGCCAAAGAUAGCCUGACCUUGCCCUUCCAGUUCAGCUCUGAAAAACAGCAGGCUCUACUACACCCUGGGCCGGGCCAGGCCACAAGCCACAUCUUCUAUGAGCCAGAUGCUUAUGAUGACUUGGACCAAGAAGACCCAGACGAUGACCUAGAUAUCUGA